AUGCAUAAUGCCAUUUUAAGAAACACUUUCAUAUCAUGUCAUUCAUACUCAACGUUUGUACAAGACAAUACAAUACAUAAAUUCUAUUCAUCCAUGGGUAAUCAUUAUACAAUGAGUGAAUUCAUAAGAAUGUCAUCCAAGGUAUUGAACACAUACAGGAUGUUUGGCAUGUGCAUCUAUGCAUGGAUAACCUGUAUAUACUCUAGAAAUGUAUACUGUACAAGUGUAUACAAUAAAGACACAAACAUCUACACUGACAUUAACAUUUAUAAUGACAUAGGCAUCUACACUGAUACUUACAAUAACAACUACAAUGGCAAUAAUAACAACCAUAAGUAUAAAUGCAAAUACAACCACAAUAAAACAUCAGUUGAGCUAUCAGAUCCAAAAAUCAUGAGUAUUCCUACAGACAUGCCUGAAAACAUUACACAUCUAACAAUCCGUAACUGUCAUCGUCUAAGAUCACUUAAUGGCAUUGAGAAGUACACAUCUCUAAAACACCUCAGAAUCAUUAACAAUCAAAACUUACGUUCUGUACUCAACAUCAACACUCUGACAUCUCUACAAUUAGUCAACAUCCAGAAAAACAAUUAUCUAGAUCAAAUAGACUGUCUAAACUAUCCUGUAUCUCUACAAACACUCAAUAUCAUUGACAACCAAGGAUUAACCUCAAUAAAAGGUUUGGAACAACUAGUACUUCUACAAUCAAUUUGUAUUAGGAACAAUCCAACACUCAGAGAAGUACUUGGAAUCCCAAACCUUGUCAGUUUGAUCACUCUUCGUAUCCAAUACUGUCACAACGUAAGUACUCUACUACGCUUAGGAAGACUACAUAAUCUACUUGAGCUCAACAUAUCUACAACAGGUAUUCGUGCUAUUGAGGAUCUCAAUAUGCUUGUGCUUUUACAGAAGCUUGACAUCAGUGGAACUAAAAUAAAAAAUAUAUCAGGUGUACAAAACCUUGUUGAUCUACAGAUAUUGAAUCUGUGUGAUACAAAGAUAUCAGAUAUAUCAUGCAUACAAGCACUUGUAAAGUUGAAGAGAUUAGAUUUUAGUAACACAAAAGUAACAGAUGUAUCAUUUAUAGAAAAUCUUGUUAAUCUUGAGAUUCUUUACAUGAGUAACUCUGAAGUGUAUGAAUUGAAUGUAAUAGAUAAGUUAGUGAAGUUAAGGAAGAUUGAUAUCAGUGGAACUAAGAUAUCACAGAUAGAUGGACUAGAAUGUAUGACACAACUAGAAUGGAUAGAUAUUGGAUACACAGAUAUAAAGUAUGUACCACGAUCAUUCUUGAGAUUGAAUGAUACAGGAAGGAUGAGUCAUAUAAGUAUUGUAGGUAUUUGUAAUUUUAAUGAGAAUAGUGAUGAGAGUAGAGUGGGAUGGAGAGAGUUGGCAGAAGUGUUUGGAAACAGAGUGUUUUGUAUAGAUGAUAGAUACAUAUGA